AUGCCAUCUGCACAACCACCAGCAUCCCUCGCCUCCAGCUCCUCCGAACCCUCCUGUUCUCCCAUUCCCGCCAGCGCAAGCACAACAGCCGAGGACGCUCAUACUCGCUCCUCUACUACCCCCAAGCAAGCGGCCGUCUCAGGCACAGGUACAGCGUCAGACCGGGAUAAACCACGUCUCACAGAACAAGAAAAGAAGAACAACCACAUCGCCUCGGAGCAGAAGCGACGCGCAGCGAUUAGAGAGGGUUUCGAUCGGCUUACGGAGCUGGUGCCGGGACUGGAAGGCCAGGGCCGAAGCGAGAGCAUCGUGCUCCGCAAGACGGUGGAUUUCAUACACAUGAAGCUACAGGAGAGACAGGAGCUUAUUGCUGAGAUUGAGAGCAGAGGCGGACACAUUGACGAUGCGUUUCGAACGUGA